CCGCUCCUGCCGCUCAAUGAUUAGCUCUCUGUUUCCCCUUCUCCCUCUCUAACCCAAAAAACCCUUCGUUUUCCUUUUUCCCUCUUAUUUUUCUCUCUCUAUACUUGUUCUCUUUCGGUUAGGUUAACUAGUUAAGCGUUGAAGGAUGUCCAAUUCUGAUAGUGCAGCAAACAACGGCGGCGGCGGCGGCGGAGGAGGAGGAGUUACCAACGGGGCUAUCAUUGACUCUCAAAGACAGCAGCCGCCGGGGACUAAUGGAGCUCUGGCUGUGAAGAAACCGCCGUCUAAAGACCGUCAUAGCAAGGUUGAUGGACGUGGAAGGCGAAUUCGCAUGCCGAUCAUAUGUGCUGCACGUGUCUUUCAGUUGACUCGUGAGCUUGGUCAUAAAUCAGAUGGACAGACCAUAGAAUGGCUGCUUCGUCAAGCGGAGCCUUCCAUUAUUGCAGCUACUGGGACGGGGACCACUCCGGCGAGUUUUUCUACUGUUUCUGUGUCUGUAAGAGCGGGAGGGAACUCUAAUUCUCUAUCUUCGAUAUCGUCGGUUACCAAUUCUUCUGCAAUGGACCAUAAACCACUAUUAGGGCCUACGCCAUUUAUUCUAGGGAAGAGGGUGAGACCGGAGGAUGACAACAAUGGAGGUAAGGAUGAUAGUGGGGUUUCAGUUGGUCCCACAGUCGGGUCUUUGGUGGGGACAGCGGCGGCUCCUGGGGGCUUCUGGGCGGUUCCGGCAAGACCUGAUUUCUGGGGAUUCGCAGCGGCGCCGCCGGAUAUGGUUGUGCAGUCGUCGGUGGCAGCACAGCAGUCAUCGCUCUUUGUUCAGCAGCAGCAAGCAGCGGCGGCAGCAGCAGCAGCUGCUAUGGGAGAGGCAUCGGCGGCGAGGGUGGGGAAUUAUCUUCCAGGGCAUCUGAAUUUGCUGGCAUCUUUGUCAGGCGGGCCGGGGAGUUCAGGGCGGAGAGAGGAGGAACCGCGUUAAAAUUGACAAUGAGAAUGUGAAAAGGAUGGUGGUCCGAUGUCGGUGGUGGUGUUGUAUGGGGUAUAUAUAUAUAUAUAUAUUAAUAGUAUUUGUAUGUCAAAUUGUUGCUUUUUGUCUGUGUGCGAAGAUGAAUGGUGAGCAUGCUAGUGAAAUUAGGAUUAGUGUUUUUAGGGUUUUGGGCGUAAUUGGAAAUUCAAGUAUGAUUGAAGGUAUGGAUUCAAAUUAGUGCUUUUUUUUUGGGAUUAAUUAGGGGUUUCUUUCUUUUUAGGGGUUCAAAUUGUUUAGCCCUUUUUGUUUUUCUUUUUUUUUGGGAGGAUAAGAGGGAGCAAAGAAUUAUUCAGAUUGUGCUGGAAAAUUGAAUUUCCUUCUCAUAGGAAGAAAUUAUCAGGUUGGCUAAUAUAAGGAGUUUGGUUGGUGGGCAUUUGACCAAUUAUUACUUUGGGAAAGAUUGACGGUUCCUAUAAAAUACCGUGGCAUACUUGCAAAUUCAAGUUUGAAGCGCAGCAGUAUCUCCACACAAUUGAGUGCACAUAUGCAAGGGGAAGUAGAAUGUUAAGUGUGUGAAUCUGCUUUGCUUAUGCUUCUCAGCUGGAUGGUUCUGUCUAAAAGGUUGCCUGUUGCAGGAGCUUGAGUUGAUGAGAAAACUGAGCUUAUUUGCUGCAAUCUGGCUUGUCAUUUUCUGAUAAUCAGAAUGGUUAUUUUGCUGCUUGAUUGUGAUUUGCCACCCCGAUGGCUGAUUGUUUCUAGUUCUCUCUCCAAUUUCAGAGUUUGUGUUGGUGUGUACUGAUCUCAAAGGAGACUGGUGUGUGGGAAAAAAAGCUCUGGUGCCUCUCUAUAGGACCUCUGUUAAUUCUUAGCGAUUUCUGUUUUGAAACUUUACCAGUAUUCCUAGCCAUUUCUUAGAUUAAUUAGCGUGGAAAAUAAUGUGUGUUCCAUGUAUGUAACUGGAUUGUAUGUUGUUUUUGUGGGUUGCAUCAUGUUGUGUGAAUAAGAAACCCAUUUGUUUCUCUCAGAUAUGAUUUUUUUGCUGACUUUCUUUUUUUUGUGUGCCAAUCCCUUUUUGCUCUAUGUAUAUAUAUGGACUUUCACUAUGCUAUUAAUAA